GGCUGGGGGCCGGGCGCCGGGAGAGGUCCCGCGGCCGGAGCGGGUGACGGAGAUUCCGGCGGCCGAGCUCCCGGUGCCGCCCCCUGGGCGGAGAACACGCCCCAGCCCGGCCUACGGGGAGGAGGAGGGAUCAGCUCCGGACGCGAAGGCUACGCAUGCGCGCUAGUCCUCUCUCGCUCAAACUGCUACAGAAAACCUCGGCCUGGCGCGUGCGCGCGGCCUCAACUACCUGGCGGUUGUCGGGGCAGUGCAGCGCUGGGCGGGGCCUCUACCUCAUCCGAGCGCCUCCGGCCUAGGGGUGGGAGGUGAGGGUGGGGUGGAGCCUGGCCCUCAGCCUGCGCCUAGGCUUUGGGUCACGUGCCAUGAGGAGGGUGGGGGCGGAGGGAGCCGGCCGACUCUAUGGUCUCAGCCGCGACUAGAGCGGCUCCACUCCCACCUCCCAGGGAGGGCUUCCGGCGCGCGCCGAGAGGCGUUUCCGGUCCAGCCGGGACUGAGGCGGGUAGUGGGGGUCCGUUGGCUCCAGGCAGAGGACUGGAGCCUGAGACCCGUGACAGUUGAGGAAACCGAGGCAGCAGAAAUUAAGCGACUUGCCCAGGAGCACACAGCUAGCUGCUUUGGGGAGCACUGGCUUGGUCGUGCUUGGGGAGAAGAUGGUGUCUGUGACAAUGGCUACAUCAGAAUGGAUCCAGUUCUUCAAGGAGGCUGGGAUCCCCCCGGGGCCUGCUGUCAACUACGCCGUAAUGUUUGUAGAUAACCGGAUCCAGAAGAACAUGCUGCUGGACCUGAAUAAGGAGAUCAUGAAUGAGCUCGGCGUGACUGUGGUGGGUGACAUCAUCGCCAUCCUCAAACAUGCCAAGGUGGUGUACCGCCAGGAUGUGUGCAGAGCGGCUGCCGAGUCCUUGGCGUCCAGCCCUGGCCACCUACAGGCAGAGCUCAGGCGCAGCGCUACCAGUGCCGCCUCUCGGAUGAUUGCUAACAGCCUGAGUCGGGACUCCCCACCCAGCCCCCCUGCCAGGCGCCCCGACACCAGCGCCUCCAAGAUCUCAGUCACCGUCUCCAACAAGAUGGCUGCUAAGCACGCCAAAGCUGCUGCUCUGGGCCAGCUUGAAGAAGAGAAUGCUGCCGUGCCGGUGAAGCGGAGGCGUCGAGUGACUGCGGAGAUGGAAGGGAAAUAUAUCAUCACCAUGCCCAAGGGGACCACUCCUCGAACACGGAAAAUCCUGGAGCAGCAGCAGGCGGCUAAAGGCGUCCAGAGGACAUCUGUCUUUGACCGGCUUGGAGCUGAGACCAAGGCCGACACAACAACUGGGAAUAAGCCCACGGGUGUCUUCAGCCGAUUAGGUGAUGCCCUGGAGACGGACGAGGAGCAGGCAGGAGACAGUGACGAUGACAGCUCCGUCCUACAGUAUGCUGGGGUCCUGAAGAGAAUGGGCAAGUCCUUUACCAAGGACAGCACCCCCCUGGGGGUGACCGUCAAGGCCAAAGCCACCAGCUCAGAGCCCAAGCCUGUCCCAGCCACCCUUCGACGCUCAGGGGGCAGCCAGGGACCCUCUGCUGAGAGAAAGCCAGAAGCAUUGCCCAAAGUCAGCGUCAUCCAGAGACUUGGCAAAGCCACCCUUCCCCCAGAGGCUCAGGACAGCCAAGUCACCAGCACAAAGAGUAAGUCCCCAGCUGAGUUCAAGGUUACCAUAAAGAGGACCUUGGCAGGCCCAAGGGUGAGCAGCUCAAGCGAGGGCCAUAGCGCGCAGAUGGACAACACGGGGACUGUUAGUGUGUUUAAGAGACUGGGGCGGAAGACCGACUAACACUGCCGCUAGGGCUUGGAGAGCUGUCUUGGAGCCCCUCUGUACUGUGUCUGCCUUAACUCACACACCCAGUCUGGCCCGGCCCCUGCCUCGGCCCACCUCUGGGGCCCUCAGUUGUUUGUCUGCUUCCACUGCCUUAGCUGCCCCUUUUAGCUCCCCUUGUCCAAAUUGCACCAAGUCAUCCCAUGAGAAUGUGAAAUCUGGCUAGUGAAGUGUGCUGAAGGUGGGGAGCAUCAGAGAGAGAGAUCCCGCUUCAGGCCAGGGAUCUGGCACCAUGCAGAGCCGCUUCUGCCACUGGGGAUGUGUGUGUGUUAGGGGAGGCAGAGUUGACAACGGUCGGUGGAGUGGAAUGGGGAGCCCUUGGGGGAACUGGUGGUAUUGCAUUCUGGAUAAAGGACUUGGGAAAUUCA